CGGGGUCGGGGACGGGGCCCGUGCAGCCGCCAUGAAGCGGGACGUGCGCAUCUUGCUCCUGGGCGAGGCCCAGGUGGGAAAGACGUCGCUGAUCCUGUCGCUCGUGGGCGAGGAGUUCCCCGCGGAGGUCCCUCCCCGCGCCGAGGAGAUCACCAUCCCCGCAGACGUCACCCCGGAGAGGGUGCCCACGCAUAUCGUGGACUACUCAGAAGCCGAGCAGACGCCAGAGGAGCUCCGGGACGAGAUUCACAAGGCAGACGUGGUGUGUAUGGUGUACGAUGUGUCUGAGGAGGCCACCAUUGAGAAGAUACGAACCAAGUGGAUCCCACUGGUGAAUGGGGAGACUGAUAAGGGCUCCAGGGUCCCCAUCAUCCUGGUGGGCAACAAGUCGGAUCUGCGGCCAGGGAGCUCGAUGGGGGCUGUGCUGCCCGUCAUGAACCAGUUCCCUGAGAUCGAGACAUGUGUGCAGGUGAGCGGGCGGGUAAAGUGUGUGCCCAGGUGCUCUGGCCUCUGCUGCUGGCCUCUGGACACCCCAGGUCUCCUGGGAGACAGCCCGUGCCUGCCUCUUGUCGGGGGGCCCCUUCGAGUUUGGUGGUACGGGUCACGUCUCUGCGUCUGUCCCCGGGGCCACCAGUGCUCUGCCAAGAACCUGAGGAACAUCUCGGAGCUGUUCUACUACGCUCAGAAGGCUGUGCUGCACCCCACAGCCCCGCUCUACGACCCCGAGGCCAAGCAGCUGAGGCCCGCGUGUGUCCGAGCCCUCACGCGUAUCUUCAGACUCUCGGACCAGGAUCUGGACCAGGCGCUCAGUGACGAGGAGCUCAACGCCUUCCAGAAAUCCUGCUUUGGGCACCCGCUGGCCCCUCAGGCCCUGGAGGACGUGAAGACAGUGGUGUGCAAGAACGUGGCCGGAGGCGUGCGGGAUGACCGGCUGACCCUGGACGGCUUUCUGUUCUUGAACACGCUGUUCAUCCAGCGGGGCCGUCACGAGACCACAUGGACCAUCCUGCGGCGCUUUGGCUAUGGGGACACGCUGGCGCUGACCCCGGACUACCUUGUCCCGCCGCUCCACGUGCCCCCCGGCUGCAGCACCGAGCUCAAUCAUUUCGGGUACCAGUUUGUGCAGAGGGUGUUUGAGAAGCACGACCGGGACCGCGACGGCUGCCUCUCGCCUGCAGAGCUGGACAGCUUCUUCAGCGUGUUCCCCGCUGCCCCGUGGGGCCCCCAGCUGCCUCUCGAGGUCUGCACCGAGGCGGGCCGGCUGUCUUUGCAUGGGUACCUCUGCCAGUGGACCCUGGUGACCUACGUGGAUGUCCAGCGUUGUCUCGAGCACCUUGGCUACUUGGGCUACCCCACGCUCUGCGAGCAGGACUCACAGGCCUACGCCAUCUCAGUCACUCGUGAGAAGAGGCUGGACCAGGAGAAGGGGCAGACACAGAGGAACGUUCUCUUGUGCAAGGUGGUGGGGGCCCGUGGAGUGGGCAAGUCCGCAUUCCUGCAGGCCUUUCUCGGCCGCAGCCUUGGGGACACCAGGGAGCCCGCGGAGGGACGAGCCACCUAUGCCAUCAACACGGUGCAGGUCAACGGGCAGGAGAAGUACCUGAUACUGUGCGAGACGAGUGCGGACAGCCUGCUGGGCACUGCGCCCGAUGCCUCCUGUGACGUGGCCUGCUUGGUGUUCGACGGCAGCGACCCUGGGUCCUUUGCGCUAUGCGCCAAUGUCUACAAGCGCCACUACCUGGAUGGGCAGACCCCCUGCCUCUUUGUCUCCUCUAAGGCAGACCUGCCUGAAGGCAUCUCGCCACCCGGCCUGUCGCCUGCGGAGUUCUGUCGCAGACACCGGCUGCCCGCCCCUGCUCUGUUCUCAUGUGUGGGUCCGGCCAAGCCCAGCACUGCUGUGUUCACCCGGCUCGCCGCCAUGGCCGCUUUCCCACACCUGGCCCACGGGGAGCUGCACACCACCUCCUUCUGGCUGCGGGCGACACUGGGGGCCAUUGGGGCUGCUGUCACUGCUGUCCUCAGCUUCUCACUCUACAGGGCCCUGGUGAAGAGCCGGUGAGGCCACCAGGGUACUGGUGUGGGGGCCACCUGCUCGCGAGGUCUUCCUUCUGUCUCACCUGGGCUUCUGGGGACACUGCCCACUGGCCUGCCUGAGCCCCAAGGACAGGUCCCCCCAGUCCUGCAGCCUGUGUCCCUACCCAGCUACAGACGCCAGGCACCACCCGGUUGGGGUGUCACAUGUUGGAGGGACGGGGCGUCCUGGGGGAGGAAGCAGGAGCCCCAGACCCACGUGUCCUCAGGGCUCCGCUCCUUUCUGCACAGCAGCCAGGGGGCGUGAAGGGGGUCAGAAGACCGAACUCUGGGCCAAAGGUGGGGGCUGGGGAAUGACGUGGUUGAGCAUCUCAGGGCCUCCCUCACUCCUCCCGGAAGACACGAAGCGGGGUCCCCUGAUUAAACUUCACUUGUGUCUUUUGCACCUGGGA